AUUAAUCAUCAUUUAUCUCAAAAAUGGAGCAAAGAAACUACUAUUCAAUUUUGAUUAUUUUUGUAUCACUCAUAUAUUUGCCAUUAUUCAUGAAUGCAACAUUGGUCCAUCACAAUGAAAGUGAAACUGAGGAUGAGGUGAAGUUUGAUUAUAAUGAAAAGAGUGAAAAAGGACCAAGUAAAUGGGGAGAUUUAAAUAAAGAAUGGGAAACUUGCAAGAAUGGGAAAAUGCAAUCUCCAAUUGAUAUUUCAAGUUGUAGAGUCAAAAAUAUGAGAAAAAUGGGUCACAUAAAACACUACAAGCCAACUAAUUCUACUAUAAGAAAUAGAGGACAUGAUAUUUCAAUGCAUUGGCAUGGGGAUGCUGGAUCAAUUUUGAUGAAUGACACAAACUACCCUCUUAUCCAAAUUCAUUGGCAUUCACCAUCUGAACAUACUAUUAAUGGUAGAAGGUAUGCAUUGGAAUUGCAUAUGGUUCACCAGGAGCAGGUGAAUAAAAAAACUGUUGUAAAUGCUGUCCUUUACAAAUUUGGCAAACCAGAUCCAUUUAUUUUUAUAUUGAGGGCACAUAUAUUAUCUAUGAUAGAUCAAGAAGGUGAAGAGAGGAGUUUGGGCAUAAUUAAUCCAAAGUAUAUUACUAAUAAUAUUCACAAAGAAAGUUAUUAUGAAUACAAGGGUUCACUCACUAUUCCUCCUUGCACAGAAGGUGUUACUUGGAUAGUCAACAAGAAGGUAGAAACUGUUUCAAGAUUUCAAGUGAAGUUGCUUAGAAAAGCUGUACAUGAUCAUGCAGAAAGAAAUGCAAGGCCAUUGCAACCAAAUAACAACAGAGAAAUUCAACUUUUAUUCUCCAAGCACUAGAGCAUGUCAAUAUUCACUAGCUUUUGAGAUUCGACUAGUUCAAAUUCGCAUUGAAAAGUCUCCGGAACUACAUUUUUCUUUUAUAAAAAUUUUAGAAAAAAUGUAGUAGAAAAAAAAAAGAAAAAAGAAAAAAAUUUGUAUUCUAUAUUUGUAUUAAAUUUUUAUCUGAAUAUUGAUGGAAGACAUGAAGAAACAAACUAAGACUAAGCCAGAUUCAUGUUGCAUGGAGCUUUCUUAUCAAAGAUUUUUCUAUUUAGAGGGAUCGAAACCUCUCGAUAAAGAGAAAUCACACUUUCAAUUUGUUAAUCAAGAAGAGUGUAUGAGUGUCUCUCGUUAAGCCUCGAAAAUGGAAAAACUCCUAGUAGAGAGAGGAUUCCCUUAAGUGGGACGUUACAUAACGUCAAUCCAGAUUAGUCAGACUAGUAAAUUUCGAAUACUAGGUAAAUCAAAGAACAAAACAUAGCAACAAAAUCUACACUCUUGUCAAGUUUAAUGAAGUUUUACACAAAUACUUCAUUUUGCCAUAUCUUCUUGUAUUCUAUACGAGUUCAACAGAAUUCAGUAGUUUUCCUCUCGAACUAAUAUUUGUAUUGAGGAGAAUCCACUCAAUACAUAUAACUAAUCUAUCUCGAAUCUAGAAAAGUAGAAAGGACAAUGAGUUCAGAACAAGAAUAAGUGAAGAAUGUUCGACAACUCCCCUUGUUGCAAGUAAUGACAUGUAAAAUUCCUCCUCGAUGCUUACCCUAGUAAACUCGUGAAAAAUAAUGAAGUUAUAAAUCAUACCAAUUGUU